AUGGCCUUUCGAGGUGCUGUCCUGGGAAGAAUGAUCUUCGUUCUCGUCGUCAUAGCGUCGUCUUGUCUGGAAUGCAAAGUGACGGGUUGUCGGGACGAGGAACGGAGGGCUCUGCUGGAGAUUAAGAGGUCCAUCAACUUCCCCAACGGAUCGGCCUUGUCCCACUGGGGAUACUGGGGAUACUCGACAACAAAAGAGGAAAAAAACUGCUGCUGAUGGGAGGGUAUAACCUGUGACUUCAACACCGGUCGCGUGGUCGGGAUUGAUUUAUCGUUCCAGAUGUUGCAUGUUGUACCGGGGGCGACGUGGUACCUGAAUCACACCAUGUUGGCAAUGUUUGGGCAGCUAGAGAGCUUGAAUUUGGGGUAAAAUGACAUAACCGGCGGCAUUCCAGAGAGUAAGUGACUUUCCGUAAUUGUGACAAGCAACUGUGUCGAGAUUUUUAUACAUCAACGGAAGAUUCAAUUCACUCUAUAUAUGCACUUUCCGUCCUUCUGAUUAGACCAUAUGAAUAAGAAAAGUUUCUCUCCUUUUGUUUUAUUCUUAUCGCAGUUAUCUGUGACUUGAAGCUCCUAAAGGUUCUACGAUUGUCGUCGAACAAUUUGGAGGGUUCCAUCCCAUCAUGUUUGUGUACCUUACAAUCCCUAAGAGAACUCCACCUAUCCUUUAACAAUUUGGGAGGCAACAUCUCAUCAUGUUUGUGCACCAUGAGAUCCCUGAGAGUACUCUCUUUAGCCUAUAACAGUUUAAAAGGUUCUAUCCCAUCAUGUUUGUGCACAUUGAGAUCCUUGAGAAUCCUCUAUUUGGAGGGUAACAGUUUGGAGGGUUCCAUCCCAUCAUGUAUGUGCGCCUUGAGAUCCUUGAGAAAACUAUAUCUAUCGAAUAACAGAUUAUCAGGUGAUAUACCUUCUUGUUUCAGCAAUUUCAGGUCGGGCUUCACACGCCAACCGUCGUGUAACGCUCGACGUAAAUAACACGAUCUAGCGAGAGAGAGAGAGAGAGAGAGAGAAGAGACGUAAAUAACAGAAGUCAAUGGCGUAUUCAUCUCAGCGUAGAAAGAUAUUUGUCAAGAGCAGCGACGUCAACCAUCGAGUCAUUGUGGAGCCUCCGAUUAGAUGGGGGUCUAGACCCGCGCAGCCUCCCAGACCACAUUCUCUGGUUGUCGACGACUUAA